AUGCAGUCGGAACGACAAUCAGAAACCAGGUGCCUGCAGAUCAACCUACAGCAUGCACGUGCAGCAACAUCGCAGACAGCUCUCUACGCUGCAGAGGAACGAAUAGACCUAAUCUUAGGUCAAGAACCAUACUGCAGGAAUGGUAAAGUAGUCGGCUUCCCCUUACAAUGGAGCAUUUAUCAAAAAGAAGAUAUCGAUCAACCACCAAGAGCAUUUAUAGCAAACUGCAACCCCAAAUGGUCACCAUUAAUGAUAGCAGCCGAAAGGGACUUUGUAGCAAUACUAUUAGAGGUACUAAAUCUAACAGUGGUUCUGGUUUCAAUCUACUCUCCACCAACAGAAGAAGCAGACCCCACAUUAGAACGCAUACAACGAUUGAUGAGAUCGCACCGAAUAGCUAACAUACUAUUUGCUGGAGAUUUUAACGCACACAGCACCACCUGGGGCUAUGCAAUCACAGCUCCUAAAGGCCGCAUACUCGAGGACUUUGUUCACAGCAGUAACCUCGUAAUUCACAAUCGUUCGGAUGCACCGCCUACAUUCAAUAGACUACACUCGCGCGGCUGGCCAGACCUUACCAUCACCACCCAACAGAUGGCACCCAUACUGCAAGACUGGACAGUCGUCGAAAACCUUAGUAUCUCCGACCAUAAUUAUAUACGGUUUAAUCUAGCAAAUAGCACAGCCACCUCUAUUCUUAAACGGUACAAUCUCCCUGGACGGAAAGUUCGAGCAUUCACAGCCAUCAUUAGAGCCCGUCUGGCACCUUUUGCAACCGCAAUAAGACAGGCCAACAGCAAAGAGGCCCUCCAGAACCUCACCCAAGACAUCUUAACCGCAAUCAAGAAGGCAUGUGAUGAAAAUCUUCCCCUGCGCACGGCCAAAAGAAUCACAACGCUGAAUUGGUGGAAUGGCACGCUUCGAAGUCAACAACAACGGUGUCGUGCUCUACGGCGACGCCUAAAGCAAGAGCGCAGACAUAACCUAGAAACCUUCCACCCUGCUCAUUUACCAACGGGAGCGAGCACUCUAUAA